AAGCUCACUGCGUCUUUUUCCUUUGCAAUUGCAUCCACUCUCCCUUUGUGGGCCUCCUCCUAUUGGAGCUCCAAUCGCAUCAUGGCGCCGAAGAAAAAUCUCAAGCCCAAGGCUCCGAUACAGCCCGUUCCUGAAAAACGGGGCUAUGAAUUUGGUGGCCCUCUCGGCGCGUUUGGAAUCGUAUUCGGCCUUCCGACUCUCAUCUACAGCUUCACCUUUCUGUGCAACGAUAUUUCCGGUUGUCCUGCCCCUUCGCUGCUCAGUCCGUCGACCCUGUCUCUAGACCAGUUAAAGGAGGAGGUUGGCUGGCCACAGGAUGGCCUCAAAGCUUUCUUUGACGCUCGAGUGACCAUGUGGGUGUUAUGUUAUUACCUUCUCAGUCUGAUUCUGUAUGUGCUCCUACCCGGCCAGGAGGUCGAGGGUACGGAACUGGCCUGCAAAGGAAGGCUUCGCUACAAAUUCAACGCCUUUCCCUCCGCCAUUCUGAUCCUCGCCGGUUUAGCUUUGGGCACAUUCGUGUACGGCGCAGACUUCGCCGUGUGGACUUUUCUUUGGGAUAACUACCUGCAGGUCAUCACGGCAAAUUUGGUGAUCUGUACGGCCAUUGCGGUUUUUGUCUACGCGAAAAGCUUUUCGGUCCCUGCGCCUGGUCAACUCAACCCCGAGCUUAGACAAUUGGCACCGGGUGGGCACACCGGUAAUGUCCUGUAUGAUUUCUUUAUCGGCCGAGAGCUGAACCCUCGAGUGCAACUGCCCAUUCCCUUCGUCAGCGAGGCCUCACGGACGAUUGAUAUCAAAGUAUGGUGCGAAAUGAGGCCCGGGUUGCUUGGGUGGAUUAUUUUGAACCUGUCCAACAUUGCUCGUCAAUAUAGAACCUACGGCUAUAUUACGGAUUCAAUCGUUAUUUCCACCUUAUUCCAGGCCUUUUACGUGUUGGAUGGACUGUACAUGGAACCAGCUCUCCUGACCACAAUGGAUGUGCUCAUGGACGGUUUUGGUUAUAUGCUCUCUUUCGGUGACAUGGUGUGGGUUCCGUUCAUCUACAAUUUCCAAACUAGGUAUCUUGCAGUUUUUCCCUUGGAGCUGGGCUUAAAGGGUAUCCUGCUUGUCUUGGCCGUAACUGGCGUGGGUUACUCGAUUUUCCGUGGCGCCAACAAUCAGAAGAACCGUUUCCGUACAGACCCCAAUGACCCGCGCGUGAAGCAUAUCAAGUACAUCCAGACAAAAAGUGGCUCUAAGCUUAUGACUUCCGGCUGGUGGGGCUUGGCACGCCACAUCAAUUACUUGGGUGACUGGCUUAUGUCUUGGUCUUAUUCCCUGCCCACUGGAAUUGCGGGUUAUACCAUCAUCGAGAGCCUCAACCAGAGCACUGGCGGUGUGCAGAAGCAGGCUGUACAGAACCCUGAAGUCCGCGGCUGGGGAAUGGUCUUCACCUACUUUUUCAUGCUCUAUUUCGGGGUCCUGCUUAUCCACCGGGAGAUGCGUGACGAAGAAAAGUGCAAGAGGAAGUAUGGCGCCGAUUGGGACCGCUACACGUCUCUUGUUCGUAGCCGCAUCAUCCCCGGUAUCUAUUAGUCGGUAUAGCUUCGUGCUGUGUGUAUUUUGUACUUGACAUUUACCAAUAUUUUAUUCAGCUUCUUGGACUAAAAAGUUUGUGACGUGUUUGGAGUAUGCCU